UUCUCUCUACGAUGACUUUCUUGGGACCUUUCUCUCAACUGACCGCGGUGACCGUUCUCAAGCCUCGACGGGCGAUCUCUGCGGAUCUCCGACUUCCGAGAGGGUUCGCGAUGGCCUCCGAAGACGCGGAGGAGGAAACGGCCUUGGUUUGGUUCCCCAUCAACCAGUCAGGCCUUGAUCAUGUUGAGGAGAGUGAGGCCGACAGGCAAGAUGGUACUGUGCCCCAAAGACGGAAGCAUUUCCUCGGGCCCCGAGAGCAGACCAUGUUGCAAGAGGCCAGAAGCAGGUUUUGGAGUCAACACUUGAAGCUCAAUGACCAGUUGAUCGAUUUGCAGAGAGAGUAUGAGAAAAAGACUUCGAAGGACCGUGGCGGCCCAAAGAGGCAGAGCCAGCCCGCAGAGCAAAGAGCCGAAAAGGCUCAUGAAGAAGAGGUUCCAGCGGGACCCAAAAGCUCUCCCAAGGUCUAUUUUGUGCCUGUGAUUCCUUGCAACGGAGAGAAUGGCCUGCUGGUCAUGCCAAAUUUCGAUCUGAGCAUUUUGAAAGCUCGCUCCGCCGAGUUCGAGCGAUCGGACGCAGGAUCCUUGGAGCAAAGAGAAGAAGGGCCAGACGUCUUCGCCCCCCCGCGAGUCCGGAUAUCUCCGCUGGAGUCUCACAUUCCAGAAGGUGAGGAUCCAGCGAGAGCAUCUGGAGCCGAUUCGUUCAGUGCCCCUGGCUGUCCUGGUAGCUCGCGCGAUCAUGAAGUCGCCCAGAGUCAAGGUAACUCACGCGAUCAUGAGUUCGCUCAGGGUCAAGGUAGCUUGCGCGAUCAUGAGUUCGUUCCAAGUCGAGGUCGCAGCCCGCCGCCGCCACCGCCCCUGCCAAACGCGCCGAUGUCAAAGUUCAGCGUGUCAGAGGUCUUUGCCAUGAAGCGAGGCCCACCAGUGCCAGCAGCCUCUUCGAGUGUACCAUGGGGAGACAAAGUGGACCCCCUUCCACAUAGCACCGCUGUUGGCCCCGCGCCACCAGCACGAACGCACACGGUACAUUUGGCCGAAGCCAAAUGGUCUGGAGGACCUCAGCUGCCGAUCCAAACGAUCGGCUUUCAUCCCGAGUUGGAAUGCAUCGGAAGCUCCUUCGGGGAGGGCGAACUUGCGCCGCUUGCGCUCGGGGGAGGCGACUCCGCGCCAGCAAUGCCGAACACAGGCACCAUGCUGGCUGCGCCAAAUGAUGCUUGCCCGGGUCUCGGCCAAUUCGGCCUUUGCCUUCGCUUUGGUUUUUGGUGUGUCCAAUCCUACAAGAGUCGCUUACACGACUAAUUGCGUGGAAUUCGUGUGUGACCACGCACCGAAAGACCAAUCGACAUUUCUUCGGAAGGGGGGAAGGGGUGUCCAUUUGGUUCAGUUUGGGUGGUUUGGGGUUGGAUGUGCCCAAGGACGGAAGGGUGUCCGGUUUGAUCCCCACAACCACCCCCGGUCCUUCCAACAACGUUC